AAGAGCAGCACAGCGGAGCGGCGAAGAAGAGCAGCACAGCGGAGCGGCGAAGAAGAGCAGCACAGCGGAGCGCAGGAGAAGAGCAGCACAGCGGAGCGGAGGAGAAGAGCAGCACAGGGAGCCGAGAAGAAGAGCAGCGGAGCGGCGAAGAAGAGCAGCACAGGGAGCCGAGAAGAAGAGCAGCACAGCGGAGCGGCGAAGAAGAGCAGCACAGGGAGCCGAGAAGAAGAGCAGCACAGUGGAGCGCAGGAGAAGAGUAGCCCGGGUCCAGUGACAGCGGGUCCAGAGACCGACAGCGGGUCCAGCGACCGACAGCGGGUCCAACAGACCGCAGACCGGAGGAGCAUCACCAGCCACCAUCUCUGCGGCCACACACAGAGCGGGCUGGAGCCGCCCUCCUGGCCUCCUGCCGCCCUGCCACCAACAUGGGCAGGAAACAACCACCUGUGAAGAGCUGCCAAAAGUGUGGACGCCCUCUAAAGGGGCACAGGCUGCCCAUAGGACCGAGCUGCGGCCUGGAGCCUGACCCACAUAACCUAGAAAGAAACACAGAAGCCAAGUUUAGAAGAAGGCUCGCUUUGGACCACAGGAGAAGGCAGAGGCCCCAGCACCGAGACGCUUCUAUGGACAAGAACCAACUACCUGUGAAGAGCUGCCUAAAGUGUGGACGCCCCCGAAAGGGUCACAAGCUGCCAAUAGGACCCGGCUGCACCCUGGAGUUAGACCCACACCUCCUUCAAAAAAACAAAGGCACGAGCAGCAUUAGUUCCGUAACCAUGGCUACCGUGCGAGGUGAGGAAAGGGGCGGAGCCUGGCUGCUCCCGGGCCUCCAGUGCUCGGUGUGCGCCCAGCCGUGCUCUAGCCACGCCCUGCUGCUGGCACACACGGCCGCCGCACAUCCAAUCAGGCUCGAUCGCACGGCGGUGGGUCGGCUCGGCAACGUCAUAGCCUAUCAGGAGACGGCGAGGCUGUUCCACUGCUCCGACUGCUUCUUCACCUGCAGAGACUUCUCCAGGCUGUUCACCCACCUCCUCACCACGCACUGCAGCCGGGAGGAGGAGGAGGAGGAGCAGGAGGAGCAGCAGGGCGGACCCCCAGAGCAGCAGGGCGGGCCCCCAGAGCAGCAGGGCGGACCCCCAGAGCAGCAGGGCGGGCCCCCAGAGCAGCAGGGCGGACCCCCAGAGCAGCAGGGCGGACCCCCAGAGCAGCAGGGCGGACCCCCAGAGCAGCAGGGCGGACCCCCAGAGCAGCAGGGCGGACCCCCAGAGGAGCAGGGCGGGCCCCCAGACGUCAUCAGCUACUCACAGAGCCGCUACGUCUGCGUGCUCUGUGGCUGGAGGACCAAGCUGAGAGGCCUGGCCCUCAGUCACGUGGUCACGGUCCACCGGCUGGAGGGCCGGUUCUCCUGCAGCCGCUGCCCCUCCAGCUUCCUGCUGCCGGCCCAGCUGAGUCAGCACCUCAGCCUCCAGCACCGGCCGGCCCGCUACGGCUGCCCCUACUGCCCCUUCACCGCCCACGGCCUGGGGGCCUUCAGGAGGCACUGCCAGCGCUGCAGGGGGGGGGCUCACAUGCAGCCUGAUACAGACCCGUCGUCUCCCGGCCUCAUCAGUCCUCCGCCGGCAGGGGGCAGCACAUCCGUGUGGCCCCAUACCCGCAGAGGCCUGCGAAGUAGAAUGACCCUCCCCAUGGAAGACCUCUGA